AAAGCGAGUCCCUCGGAGAGAGGUAUGUGAAAAGGAUCUUUGCGUUGCAGCCCUAGUGACUGGGGAAACUUGGUUGAGAAAUGAGCUGGGCUGUGGAAGAAUGGAAAGAAGGCCUCUCCACAAGGGUCCUGCACAAGAUUCAAGAACUUGAAAGUCAACACGAGAAGCUCAAAAAGGAGCGACAGCAAAGACAGUUUCAGCUUGAAUCUCUGGAGGCAGCUUUGCAAAAACAGAAGCAGAAGGUUGAAAAUGAAAAAACGGAAGGGGCAACACUGAAAAGAGAAAACCAGAGCUUGAUUGAGCUGUGUGACAACCUUGAAAAAACCAGGCAGAAGCUUUCUCAUGAACUUCAGGUGAAAGAAUCACAAGUGAGCUUUCAAGAAGGGCAGCUCCUUUCAAGCAAGAAACAGGCUGAAAGGCUAGAGCAGGAACUGAAAAGAUACAAAUCGGAACUAGAAAGAAGUCAGCAAACCCUUGUUGCAGGGGAUUCAUCUGUCAGUAGCACACCACAGAAGAACUUCACUGUUCCUUCUACUCCAUGUCACAGUGAUGCCAGGUUUGAAGAACUGCAAGCAAAAUAUGAGAAAGAAGUUGAGGAAAAGAAAAAACUGGAGGCAGAACUGAAGAGUGUGAAAUCUCAUAAACCCAAUCCCUUGCUUCUUCAAAGCACCGUGAGUCGCAGAGAAAUUGCUCGGCAACAAGCUUCAUCAUCUGUGUUCUCGUGGCAACAAGAGCAAACGCCAAGCCACCCUCCAUCCAGUGCUCAAGAAGCUCCUGUCAGCAGUGGGUCGCAUUUUCCUUGGGAACUUGGGUCAACUCCUAGCCAUCAGGAUCGAAAAUCAGCAAAGAAAGACUUUGCCAACAGCAUCUUGGACAACAGCAAGGACUCAGCACUCAUCGAUGAGAUGAAAAUACAGAACCAAGAGUUAAGAUCCAGAGUUCAAGAACUGGAGCAUAAUCUGCAGAUUCAGACAAGAGAUAUGAAAUUCCAUGUAACAAAACUUCAAGAAACUCAGCUGCAAGUAGAAAAUCUGAAAAGGGAAUUGACAGAAAAAGGCCAAGCUCUGAACAAGAGUAACAAUGAAAUAACCAGAAUUAGAGCACAUCUUGACCAAACUACUGCUCAGUUUGUUGCAACUGAGGAAAAGAUCAAGAGGCUUUCAGAGGAGCUGAACUGUCAGCGACAAAAUUCUGAAAGUGUCCGGCGCUCUUCAGAGCAGAAACUAAAAGAAAAGGAAAAAGAAUAUCAAGAAGAACUGUCUCGCCAGCUGGAUCGAGUGAAAACUAAGCUACAAGAGGAACUUCAUCAAGCCAAGAACAACUAUAGUCUUCUUCAAAUGGACCUUGAGAAAAUACGAUUGGAGAAAGAGCGACUGGAAAAAAACGCCAGUGACUUUACACUGAAAUGGAAUGUGGUGAACCAGACGAUGGAAACAAUGCAGUUGAAGGAAAAUGAGCUGAGAAGAAACUUGGAGGAAGUAAAGAAGCAAAAUGGCCUCCUCAGCAGUCAAUCUGGUCAACAGUCACAAGAAAUUUGCAAGCUGAAAGAAGACCUUUGUAUGGCCAAACAGCUUCUGCAACAGAGUCAAGGUCUUGCUGAAGAAAUGAAAAGUAAAAAUUGGUCUCUGGACAGAGAGUUGAAAAUUCUUAAAGACAAAGUGAACGAGCAAGAUGAGUCUCUAGAGAAGAUGCAGCUUGCUAAUUCUGACCUGGAAAAACAACGUGAUUCUCUCCAACAGCUUCUGAAACAUAAAGAAAACACCAUUGAAAAACUCAGCAUAAAACUGGAGGAUCUGGAAAGUUUGCAGAACAUUCUUGCUGAAUGUGAAAGUCUUAAAAAAGAGGUUGAGAUUCUUUCCCAAAGGAAAACAGAAAAUGAACAACUCCUAGGCCAGUUUCAUUCAGAAAAAGAAGGGCUGAUGAGCAAAAUGUACAGCUUAGAAAAUGCUUUAAUGAUGGAACAGAUUAAAAGUAAUGACAGAGUAACUGUUGUAAAAGCUGAAAAUGAACACCUAAGCAUGGAGAUUAAAAACCUCAGAUGUGUGGUUGAAGAAAAAAGCACUGAGCUAGAGGCACAAAGAAUAGCUUACAGUGAGCUUCAGCAAAAAACAGUCACUUCUGAGGAAAAAUAUCAGAAAGAGAGAGAAAACAGUUCCCUGAAACUAGAUGAGUUAACCAAACAAGUGAAUAUCUUGCAACAAAUGCUACAGUCAGCAGCAAAUGAAGCAUUAGAAAAGAAAAAAUGUAUUUCCUCACUUGAAACCUCAUUGGCUUCCCACUCGGAGUUAAACGCUUCCUUUCAAAAGCAAGUUGAAGAAUUGAUACAAGUCCGAGAUGAAAUGGAAAGAAAAUUGGCUGAAGCAGAGCUGAAGCAUGAAGGUUUUGUGAAGGAAUCUGAAGAGCAUAUCAGUAAGUUACGAGCUGCUCUCUCUGAAAAAGAGGGCCUGGUCACCAAAGCUUCAGCUGCUCUUGAGGAGAAAGACAAACAGUUGCAACUUUUGAUCAAAGAGUCUAAAAGACAAGAAACGGAGAUUCAAGAUUUAAAGAUCAGCAAUGAAAUGCUUGAGGAUUCAGUACAGCAGCUAAAAGUUAUGCCUCAAACAGCAAGGUACCAGGAACCAGAUUUAUCUGCUGCAGCAUCAUUUAGUGAAAAAGAAAUGGAAGGUCUUAAAAACAAAAACAAAAACAUCCUCCUUCAGAGUGCUAUGGAUACUUCAGAACAAAAACAUGUAUCCUUAACAGAAACAAAUCGGUACCUUUCCAAUAAUUCUAACCAUGAUGAGAACCUCUCAGGGUUGUCAGAAAGGCAUAGUGAGAAGAGCACAUUAUUUUUACAAGCCAAAGAGGGAUUGGAAAGGAAAUGCACAUUGCUGGAAGCGAACAACAGCGACUCAAAAUGCUUUUUAAGGGCACAAGCUUGUCCCUUUGAAGUAGAAAAGGCUGAAUUUGAAUACCGAGAGAAACAGCUCAUGAACGAUCAUGAGGAAGUUCAAUGUCAGCUCUUGUCCUUGGAGAAGAAAAACGACAUUUUGCCGAGGCAGCUUGAAAAAAUGCAGGUAGUUCUUGAAGAAGCUGAGGUUGUUCCUGUCCGAAAUUUUCUAUCAUCCAAGCUUGAUAGUUUAGAACCAAAUAGGUUAAAACAAAAUGCGAUACAGCAACAUUAUGAUCCCUUGCUGCGGGAGAAUAAGCAAUGGAUCGAGGAGAUAAAAGUAAGGAACAAACAUGCAAAAGGUGGCCCUUCUUUACAUAAGGCUUCAUUGGAUCAGCUGAGAAUGUCUGUGGAAGAAAAAGAGGAUGAACUAGAUAAAUAUCGAGUGAAGCUUGAGCUGCUUCAGAUGGACCUUGAGGAUAAAGAAGUCUCUGUAGAAAACUAUGCUGAUCAAGUAACACAGCUAGAGACUGCAUUGAGAAAAAUGGAAAGAAAAAUUGAGGAAAGCAAAAGGGAAAAAGAGGGGCUAAAGCAAGAAAUCCAAGCUCUAAAAGAAUUGGGAUUUUUUACUUCAGAGAUUGCAGAGGGGGAUGGGGAUGGCCAAUCACCAGCUGUUUUCAAUGCCGUUACCAAGGACGACUUUAACCAGCAAAUAGAUGCCAAGUGUUCAUCAGUUCCUCAUGAUAUGAUGCCCAGCCAAAAUGAUUAUGUCCAAUUAGUAUCCUCCCUUCACAUGACAAUGAGCAAGCUAAAUGAGUUGGAGAAAAUGUGUGAACACCUGCAAAUUGAAAAGUCAACAUUAGCAUCACAGCUGAAAGACUCACAAUUGGAAUGCGUCAUAGGCACAGACACUGUGGCUGAAGAACUCAGGAACAAAAUUAAUAUGGUAACAGAAGAGCAUGCUGCUUUCUCUGAUGGAUUGGGCCAGAGCGAAACAGAAGCACAGUUUGAUUUUGAGAAAGCGAUCUUUGUGGAUCUGGAAAGCAGCACUGGACUCAACUAUGAAGAUUUAAAAUUAACUAAUGAAGAAAUUAAAGCACACUUUGAUGGAGUAAAGGAAAAAAUCUUGUCAUUGAAAAAUCAGUACGAAUGCUUGCAUGAGCAGAAUAUGAGUGUGGCUUCCAAAUUAUCAGAGUUGCAAUGCAGUAUUGAAAUGCUCAAGAAAGAAAAUACUGCACUAUCAACAAGUCUCAACCAAGCUGAUACCAUUUCAUUCAUAACACAGAUGACUCCUAGCCAUAUUGAUAAAGAGUUUCUAUUAGAUGGGACACUUUGCCUAUGUUUUUCAUGUCAUAGUAACAUGGCAUGUCUCACAGAAUCUAAUUUUGACAGUGAUCCUUUGACAACCAAGAACGAAAGCAGUAACAAACAAAGUAAACUAGAAAGUACCCCUGACCCGCUCCGUUCCAUUACAGAGCUGUGUGAUGGUGGCAUCAGGCAGGGGCAUGCCAUGACUAAAAAGUACAGUCUGAAAAAUAAAGCUGAACGUCUCAUGUUAUAUGAGGCCUAUGACAAGUCAUUCAAGAGGCUUGAAGAAUCCUUUGAGGCCCAUCAAAGUCUAGAAGAUGAAGAGAUACAGAAGAUUCAGCAGCUGCUCCUGUCAGCAAGGAAGGAAGUGGAUUGCCUCAGACAGCAAAAUGUAUUGGAAUAUGAGCAGUGGCAGCAAAAACUGCAUCAUGUGAUCCUGGAGGUGGUGUCUAAACUGCCAGCUGAGAAGAAUGAUACUGACCUCUUGUCUUGGGUAUUGGAAGAACCAAGGCUCCAGUCUCAAGACCUGAAUUCAAGUUCUCAGCCACUGCUUUGUGUUGGCACCGAACACCAAGUGGAAGUACCUGCGGAACAAACAAACAAUCUCUUUUCUCAUCUGGAAACAUGUGAUUUGCCCCGUGCAAGUGUGCCAUUUGAAGCUGUGCGUGGUAUAGCAAAGGAAAGAAAGUACAAAGCAAACAGCACAGAAGGCAAGAGGCCUGAUUGUGAAAUAGUCAUAGGUGUCAGAUCUAUAGAAGGAUGCUUUGAGGCCUCAGUGGCAGAAUCCAGAAUGGUGUCAGAUAAAUCCAUCAGCCCUUCACACAGUCCUGUGAUACUUCCUAAUUGUAACAACACAAAUACAGUUCCUGCAAAGAUCCUUGAAAAUCGCAAGACGAGUGAAAUGUCUCCACUACCCAUAAAUGAGACAUGUACUCUGAAUUCUAAGCUGUCCCAUGGUAUGGCUGAAAGCAAUAAGGCCUUUGAUGCUGUGGUAAUGGAAGUCCAGCAUUUAAACUCAAGGAUGGAUGUGCAGGAUGAAGAGCUGGCUGUGAAGAGGGCUGCUUGUGAGGAGUUGGAGAGAGCAGUGGCAGAGCUUGAGAAAGAAAAACAGGACUUAAGCGAGACCCUUAAAUCUGUUACUUUUGAUAAUCAACAGUUAUCUUACAACUUUUUGUGUCUGGAAAUAGAACUUAACAAGGUAAAAACUGAUCUGGAAAUGCACAAGGUUAGGCUGUCUGAUACGAGAGAGACUCUAGAAGACUUAGAAAUGACCAAAUCAGACUGGCACGAGAAGCUUCUUGAAGCCGAAAAUGAUCUGAGGAGGAUAAAAGCAGAGAGAGAGAAUAUUGAGAGUCAUGCCCUAUCUAUGGAGGCAGAUAUUGAAGAGCUUCAGUCAAAGAAAGAGCAGUUAGAAAAAGAAAAUGAAAAUAAACUGAAAAACAUUUUUGGCCUUCAGGAACAGCUUCAUAUACUCACAGUUGAAAGAAACCAAUUUAGUCAAGAUGUGAGUGCUUUGUCGAAGGAUAAAGAAGAAUUGAACCACGUGUGCCAGAAGUUGCAGGAGAGAAUAAAGGAUCUUGAGUCAAGUCAAAUGGAUUCUACUGAAUUUAUCAGAGUAUUGGAAAGUGAAGCGAAGAGCCAGACAAAAUUGCUUCAGGCUGCAAAAGAUUAUAUUGCUCAGUUAUCAACAGAAAAGGAUUGCCUAAUGCUGCAGGUACAGAAUUUGGAAAAGGUUGCGAGCGAUCUCGUGUCAGAAACAGAGAAUGCACAAAGCCAGAUAGAGCACCUGAGUGAAGAAAAAGAAGCAGUCCUUAGGGAAUAUGAAACUUUGCAAACCCAGUUGAAUUACUCUCAAACAGAAAUCUCCAAAAUCUCCAAGUCUUUGGAAGGGUCACUCAUAGAAAAAGGCGAACUGGCAGCUCGACUCAAUUCUGCACAAGAAGAAGUGGAUCAGCUGCGACACGGCAUUGAGAAGCUAAAAGUCAAAAUAGAAUCCGAUGAAAAGAAAAGAUGUCGCUUUGCUGAAAAACUGAAAGAGAAUGCAAGGAAAGCCGAUUCUCUUGUAGACAAAAUUGAAUCUCUUGAAAGAGAAUUGCAGCUGUCAGAAGAGAAUUUGGAAGAUGCAAUUGUUCAGGCAGAGGCAGCCAAGGAAGAGAAGGAAAUCGCAAACACAGAGCUGGAAAAGAUGCAUGUGGAUCUGGAGGAGCUGAAAGCUGAAAUGAAUUCCUUAAAGUCUGAGAAAGAACGGCUUGAGAGAGAGCUGGAAGAAGAGCAGGAAAGGGCAUCUAAUUUAGAACGUAGUAACUCUAUGUUUGUAAAACAAUUGGAAGAAAAAGAAGUACAAGUUAAAAGUGAAUAUGAAAAUGCGCUGAUGUCAAUACAGUCUGAUCUCAAGCAGGCCAGAGAAGAAAUUAAAGUUUCCGAGAGUAAGCAAGAAAUGUAUAAGGCAAAAGAACAGGAUCUGAUAAAUGAAGUAACUUCCUUCAAACAUGAGAACACACAGUUGGCUUAUCACCUGCAGCAAGCAAAAUACAAACAUUCUGAAUCAGAGAAAUUGAUUAUUCAGUUUAUUCAAGAACUCCAAGAUAUCAAACUACAAUUGGAUGAAAAUGAUUACUUUCUUGAGCAAUUGCCCAGAAAUGAAGCUUUGCAACUUCCCCUUGAAGAUCCUGAGAAGGAACUGGGAGGCACAGCAUCUGAAAAAGCGGCAGGCUGUCACAGGCUCUUAGAGCAGUUCAAAAGUGGAGAAAAAGCUCUCUGUCCUAAUUUCCAGCGAUGGAUGACAUCCUUUAGAGUGUUAAAGCAGGAAAGAGAGCAAAUGGGGAAGCAAAUCCAUGAACUUGAGAUUCAACUGAACAGGCCAGAUCCAAGUUCUCAUAAGGAUGCUACUUCAGAAGAAAUAAUGCUUGAGCUGGAAGGACUGAGGGGAUCCAUUGAAGAGAAAACCAGAGAGGCAGAGGAGAGUUUGGAGAAGUAUUGUACUCUGAUCAUUGAUCACCAUAAAUUAGAAGAAGAAAAUGAGAUGCUAAAGACACAAAUCUCUCUCCUGAACAUUCAUCUCGAGCAGUCAUCAUCCAGUGCUGCUACUAGUUGCCUUUGGCAAAGUCCUGGAAACCCAAAAAACCCUAGCGGUGGGCUGCUUAUAGAAAAGGCAAUGUCUGAAAAUGUUGCUAUGGUACAGAGGUGUCUAGAAAACAGAGGGAGAGACAAAGAGACAAGGUCACCUUUGAGAGAAACUCUUUCUAGAUGCUUUAAAAAGAGAGCCACGUUUCCACAGCAGAGCACAACACGGGCCCAAGACGCCUCUAAGUGUGAGUCAGAUGGAUUCCCAGAGAUGAAUGAAGGAUUUGUUGAUGUUACUCCAGGAAACAGCAGCCCUCACGAUUCCCAUAGAACAGAUGUAAGUCCAAGAAUGAGUCCUUAUCUUCUCAGUCCAAAGCUGGGGAUACCACCCUCUUUUGAUACCAUGCAGAUCCUUGAGAUGGAUUAUUUUCCAGAGAAUACAAAAGCAACAGCAGAGGGCAGCAAACCACAAAAGGUGGACGAUGCUCAGCUGCAAGAAAUACGAGCUACUGGGUCGCCCCUGGGCUUUACUCCCAGGUCUCCCCUUUCUGCCUGUAAUCAAUUGAUCCUGCCAACCGCCGACAGAUCUGCUGGCAGUGCUGAUAAAAUCCAAACCAGACUUUCAAAGACUACUGUAGAAAAUGAGUUGAAUGAAGGCUGUCAUGUACAGUAG